AUGUCAAUCUCACAGAAACCUCCGGUACCAAUCUCCAUCACCAUCUGCGGUGAUGGCGGCUGCGGAAAGUCCUCCAUAACCCUUCGUCUUGUCCGCUCCCAGUGGACCUCUGAAUACGACCCCACCAUCGAGGACUCGUACUCCAUCACCCGCAAGAUCGACGGCCAGAACUACCACUUGUCCCUGACCGACACGGCCGGCCAGGAGGAAUAUCGCGGCAUGUGGGCCUCGUCCAAUCUCGGCGCUGACGCCUUCCUGCUCGUCUACGACAUCACCUCCCGCGACUCGCUCGACGCUCUCCAAUACUUCAACGACCUGAUCGAUAUGGAGGCCGAAACCCGCCUCGACAACGCCGACCGCGCCAAGCGCGCUGGUCUCUCCCCAUCCUCCUACCGCGACACCGUCUCCGCAACCCCGGGCGCUAAGACCGUCCCUCCUGUCAAGAUCGUUGCCGGCAACAAGUGUGACCUACAGGAGUCCCGCGAUGUACCCGCCGCCAUGGGCCUGGACUGGGCUCGCCGCCGCGGAUGCGGUUUCAUGGAGACGAGCGCUCGCCUCGAGGUCAACAUUGAGGAGACGUUCGCUCUUAUUGUCCGCCGCGUCGUUGAGGCGAGGCGUAUGGCGGAGCUGGGCGUCAACGAGAACAUGGAGAUGGACCGCCGGGGCAUGACAAAGCCCCUGAGCCCGCUGCCGACGGGUAGUGAGAACGAGAAGCACGGACCGGGCCCGCAGGGUCUCAACGUUCACAGCAAGAUGGGCAAGGGAUCCAUAUGGAAGAAGCUCCGGUGCUGGUGA